UCCAAUGGUUGUCCAUCUCUAGGCGGACUAUUUUUGGCAAAGAAAAUUUUCUUUAUUUUAUUUUCCUAUUCUUCUCGGGAAGAAUGACUCAAAAGUGUGAGACGACAAACUGCGGCAAGGAUGCGACUUUGCAGUGUCCCACCUGCCUGAAGCUGGGCAUCAAGGGCUCCUUCUUCUGCUCGCAGCCGUGUUUCAAGGGAUUCUGGAAGGAGCACAAAGCAAUCCAUGCUCUGGCAGCUGGAGCAACGCAGUCCGCUGCUGGAGAGGAUGGCGCCUACAAUCCGUGGCCGCAGUUCCGCUUCACCGGCAAGUUGCGCCCAUUCCCAAAGACUUCCAAGCGGUCCGUUCCGGAGGCCAUCCUGCGUCCAGACUACGCCGAUCAUCCCUCAGGGCGUUCCCUGUCGGAGGAGGCGCUGCGUGGCACCAAGAUCAAGGUGCUGGACGACGAGGAGAUCGAGGGAAUGCGGGUGGCCGGCAGGCUGGGACGCGAGUGCCUGGAUGAGGGCGCCAAGGGCGUGGAAGUGGGCACCACCACCGACGAACUAGAUCGUCUAGUCCACGAGGCCGCCAUCGAGCGCGAGUGCUAUCCCUCGCCCCUCAACUACUACAAAUUCCCCAAAUCCUGCUGCACUUCGGUCAACGAGGUGAUCUGCCACGGAAUCCCCGAUCUGCGUCCUCUGGAGGACGGAGAUCUCUGCAAUAUCGACGUGACCGUCUAUCAUCGCGGCUUCCAUGGCGAUCUGAACGAAACCUUCUUCGUGGGCAAUGUCUCGGAGAAGCACAAGAAGCUGGUGCAGGUCACCCACGAGGCGCUCAGCAAGGCCAUUGAGUUUGUGCGUCCGGGGGAGAAGUACCGCGACAUAGGCAACGUGAUCCAGAAGUACGUGGCCCCCCAUGGAUUCAGUGUGGUGCGCAGUUACUGCGGUCAUGGUAUACACCGCGUUUUUCACACAGCACCCAAUGUGCCUCACUAUGCUAAAAACUCUGCCGUUGGUGUGAUGGCGCCGGGACACUGCUUCACCAUCGAGCCCAUGAUCUCCAUGGGCGUCCAGAAGGCCGAAACCUGGCCGGAUGACUGGACCGCAGUAACCGCCGAUGGCUUGUUCUCCGCCCAGUUCGAGCAAACGCUGCUGGUCAACGAAACCGGAUGCGAGAUCCUCACGAAACGUCGCGAGAACAACGGACAACCCUGGUUCAUGGACAAGAUGUGAGGCGGCAACCCACUUGGGCCAAUACAUAACUUCUAGGGCUAUACACAUCAAGCUUUAAUUUGUAAUUUUACAAUAAAAUCUAGAGUUUCUAUUCCCAA